AUGGCGACCCCGACACCAUCCGCAGAGGACCAAGCAAAGCUCCUGGAGGAUGCCCUGACCGUCGUCAAGGUCCAGUCCUUCCAAAUGAAGCGCUGUCUCGACAACAACAAGCUUAUGGAUGGCUUGAAGCACUGUUCGACCAUGCUCUCGGAGCUGAGAACCUCCAACUUGACGCCCAAGAACUACUAUGAGCUCUAUAUGGCCAUCUUCGACGCCCUUCGCCACGUCACCACUUACCUCAAGGAGGCCCAUCAGAGCGGGAGACACCACUUGGCCGAUCUCUAUGAGUUGGUUCAAUACGCAGGAAACAUCGUCCCCCGUCUUUACCUCAUGGUCACUGUUGGAAGCGUCUACAUGGAAAUGCCCGAUGCUCCCGUCAAGGAGAUCAUGCGCGAUAUGAUGGAGAUGACACGCGGAGUUCAGCACCCAACCCGUGGAUUAUUCUUGAGAUAUUACCUCAGUGGACAGACCCGCAACGGUCUCCCUUUGGGCACUGAGGACGGACCCGAAGGAAACAUUACAGACUCGAUCCAAUUCAUCCUCACUAACUUUAUCGAGAUGAACAAGCUGUGGGUUCGUCUUCAACACCAGGGCCACUCUCGCGAACGCGAGAAGCGUGAGUUGGAGCGCAAGGAACUCAGGAUUCUUGUCGGUACCAACCUCGUUCGUCUCAGUCAAUUAGACAGCGUCGACUUGCGCGUCUAUCAGUCGACAAUUUUACCCAGCGUUCUGGAGCAGAUUGUCAGCUGCAAGGACGUGAUCGCCCAAGAGUACCUCAUGGAGGUCAUUAUUCAGGUUUUCCCCGACGACUUCCACUUGCGCACUUUGGGACCAUUACUCUCGGCUACUGCUCAAUUGCACCCUAAAGUCAACGUCAAGCAGAUUGUUAUCGCUUUGGUUGAUCGACUUGCAGCCCACGCUGCCAGGGAGGCUGACAGCAACGAUGACGAUGAGGAAUCAGAGGCACCAGCUUCGCCUAAGGCUGCCUCUAUCAAGGCCGACGGCGAGGAGGAGGAGGAGGAAGCUAAGGAGGGUGAUGCAGAGAACGAGAACGAGGAGGCCAAGGAGACCGAGGAGGGCGAGGAAGGCGAGGAAGGUGAAGCUAAGGAGGCUGAAGAUGAGGCUGCUGCUACAGAGGAGCAGGCUGCCCCUGCCCCCAAGCCUCCCAAGGUCCGCAAGAUUCGUGGCAUCCCUGAGGACGUCAAGCUCUUUGAGAUCUUUUGGGGCAAGAUUGUCGAGCUUGUGAAGUUCCGCCCUGACCUUUCGAUUCAGGAUAUCACUGCUUUGUUGGUCUCGUUGAUUAACUUGUCACUGAGCUGCUAUCCUGACAACCUCGGAUAUGCCGAUCAGGUGCUUGGAUUCGCCAAGGAGAAGACUGUCGAAUACAACGAGAGCCCUGAGCUCCAGCACAAGGACACUAUCAACAACCUCCAGAGCCUUCUCAUGGCACCCAUCCAGCACUACCCCACCAUCCUCACUCUCUUGGAGCUCACCAACUUUACCCACCUCCUCGCCUUGCAGCCCUACCCUACUCGCCGUGCAAUCGCCCACGCUGUUGUCGGAUCUGUUUUGAAGAACGAGACCAUCCUCAGCUCGCCCGAGGAUGUGAAUGGAAUCUUGGAGAUUUGCGCGGUUAUGGUUCGCGACCAGAAAGACGGCGGCCACAACUCGAGCCCCUUCCGUAACACGCGCAGCAAUCGCAACGAGAGCGGCAAUGUUGAUCUGGAAGAGUUUGCAGAGGAGCAGGGUCAGCUGGCUCGCAUCAUUCACCUGUUCAAGAGUGAGGACGCAGAUACACAGGCUGCUAUUCUGUCUGCAGCCAGGAAACAGUUUGGUGAUGGCGGCGAGCGUAUCCGCUACAUGUUCCCACCAUUGGUGAUCCAGGCUGUCAAGUUGGCUCGCCGCUUCAAGAAGUUGCAGGAUCAGGAUGAAGGUUGGGAGAAGAAGUGCUCGACCUUGUUCCGAUUCAUCCACCAGGUCAUCUCCAUUCUUCACAGCAAGGUCGACAACUCGGAAGUGGUCUUGCGUCUGUUCUUGUUGGCUGGUCAGAGUGCUGAUGAGUGCGGAUUUGAGGAUAUCUGCUACGAGUUCUUUGUCCAGGCGUUUACGAUCUACGAAGAGUCUAUUUCUGAAUCCAAGGCUCAGUUCCAGGCGAUUACGUUGAUGGUCGGAACUCUUCAGACGACGUCAUGCUUCAACGUUGACCAUUAUGAUACCCUUAUUACCAAGUGCGCGCUUCACGGAGCCAAGCUGUUGAAGAAGCCCGACCAGUGCCGUGCCGUGUAUACAUGCAGUCAUUUGUGGUGGGGUACGAUGAUUGUGAGCCAACAGGAGGAUGGAGAAGAGACGGCACAGCCUUACCGGGACGGCAAGCGUGUUUUGGAGUGUUUGCAGAAGGCGCUCAAGAUUGCGGAUUCGUGUAUGGACUCUGUGACAAACGUGGAGCUGUUUGUUGAGAUUCUGAACCGGUACAUUUAUUACUUUGAGAAGCAGAAUGAGGCGGUGACGGUCAAGUACUUGAACGGAUUGAUUGAGUUGAUCAACAAUAACUUGAGCAACAUGGAGAACCCGGACCAACACCCUCCUUCGUCCAACUCGUCGUCGCUGCUCGAGAAUGACCCUGCGCAUAUCUCGGAAUAUGUCAUGGCACACUUCCACAACACCAUCAACCACCUCGUGCGUCGCAAGAACACUGGUGACGAGAAGUAUGCCGAGCUUGAUGCUGCUUAA